AUGGCUCUGCCACAAAGGAUUUUUCCCCCAGAGAAGAUUUCCAUGGACUGGCAGCAAAGACAGAGACCUGGAGCAGGACUGUUCAACCUGGGCAACACGUGCUACAUCAAUGUCAUCCUGCAGUGCCUGACUUACACACCCCCUCUGGCAAACUACCUGCUCUCCUACCAGCACAGCCAGUCCUGCCAGCAGCAAGGCUUCUGCAUGAUGUGCACCAUGGAAUCACACGUCAGGAAGGUCCUGUGCUCCUCAGCCACCGCCAUCCUGCCUGGAGCUGUCCUCAGGGACCUCAAAUUCAUAGGGGAGGAGUUUGAGUAUGGCAGGCAGGAGAACGCUUACGAGUUCUUGCGCUGCACGCUCGAUGCCAUGCACAGAGCUUGUCUGAGCUGCCACUUGGACGUCUCUUCAGAAGAAACUACCAUCGUCCACCAAAUAUUUGGGGGCUUCAUGAAAUCUAGAGUCACGUGCUUGAGCUGCCAAGCAGUUGUUGAUUCCUACAAGGCCUUCCUGGAUGUCUCUUUGGAUAUCAGAGAAGCCUCGUCCCUCACCACAGUUCUGGAGGACUGUGUGACACCCAAGCAGCUGGAUCAGACUGAGUGCUUCAGGUGCAGCAAGUGUAAGAAGAAAGCUGCUGCCUCCAAGAAGGUCACAGUCCAUCGUGCACCCCGAGUGCUCACGCUGUGCCUGGAAAGGGCUGAUCAGUGGACUGGCACAAAGAUCAGCAAGUUCGUGGAGUAUCCUGAAUAUUUGGAUCUUCGGCCAUACAUGUCAGACACAGCUGGAGAGCCCCUCCUCUGCUCCCUUUAUGCCAUCGUGGUUCACAGUGGGGACACCUGCCUUGAAGGACACUUCUUGUGCUACGCAAAGGCCAGCAAUGGGCUGUGGUACAAGAUGGAUGAUGAGUCUGUGGAUAAUUGUGACAUCCACACAGUUCUAGGGCAGCAAGCCUACUUGCUGUUUUAUGCUAGGUGCUCGGAUGUGAAAAUGAGAGAAACACCACCUUCCUCACCAGCACCCCCCAAUGCCCAUUCCAUGGUGGGUCAGGGAGGUUCUGCAGCACCCCAGGCUGUGCCUGGCAGGAUUAAGGUGAUGCACAGUCAGAGGAGCCAUGCCAGGGAGAGAGCCAGGAGCAGAUCCCCACAGUGGGGCUGUGAUCUCUGCAGCUGGAUCGUGAGCAGCACCAGCUAUGCCAAUUUAACAGGAAAGAGGAGGAAGAAAAGCAGUCCUUUAGGCCUGGACCUUGCUCCCAGGAGUGCCACAGCGCAAGGGCUCUCUGACAGGAUCUGCCAGGAGGUGCCUGCACCAAGCCUUGCUUGGGUGCAAGCCUUGCCUGUAGAGAGGGAGCUGGGCAGGUGCUCAUGGCAGGAGUACAGCCUCUGGAGCCAGGUUGUGGAGAUCACAAACUCCUACCUGUCAGUGUGGAGUGCUGAGCAUCCCAGAGGUGCAUGUGAGACAAGCACAGCCUGGAUGCUGCAGCAGCACAGCAUCUGAAAUGAACAAAGCCCCACCUGUUUGGAACCAACAGGCAGAAGAGCCAAAGCCAGAAUUAAAACCCCUUGUUGGGCUGUGGAGGACCAGAUCUAAGCAUGCUUUGUCUCAAGCAUUCUGAUUAUUGCAAUAGGAAAGGUCAUUGGAGAAGAUUGAAGCAAAUUCCGCAAGAGGGCCAGAAGAGCUGGCUGUGCAUUCAUGAAGAGAACAGCACAAACAAUUUAGGCUGUGUCAGAGAUAGGCACCAAGUUCACUAUAAAGGGAAGCCAAUUGGACCCCCUGGCUCUUUUUCCUCUUUCUCUCUGGCUUUUUUUGUCUUGCAAUCCCUGCUCCAGACUAUCCACAGCAGAACCAACAUGGGAUCUAUAGACUAGUGAUGAGCUUUGUUCUCUCUCUCCCUUUUCUGUGUUUAUUGUCUCCUCCUUUGCUUUGUCUGGGCAAAGCAUGGCAAUGAUUCUGCCCCAUGCUCCACACUAAAAUUUGUUGUGGGAGCUUGUGGAAGUGUUUUGUGGCUUGUUAGCCAGUCCUUUUGAGGAGCUUGUGGUGGGAGCUGAGAAAUUAUUGAAAAGUAAUACUAUUCAAAAUUAAGGGCUUGUCAGCCACCACUCGUGAAAGCCUAAUGUAGAAUUCAAGGGUUUUUAGCCAACAUCUUUUGGGCCUAAAUAUUUGGCUGGUUGCCAGAGUUAUGGCAAGAAUAAAACAUAAAGAAUUCCCUGAAACAUCAUCCAGUGCCUUUGUUGAGCCUGAUGACAAUUUCCAGUGAACAUCAUGCCUCUGACUGGUGGGAUGUGACAUUGGGUGAAUAAUUUACAGGGUGUUUCCUUCUCAGCUUUUGAGGCAGCUGCUGGAAAUACCCACAGCGUGAUGGUUGUGUGAUGGGAUUGUGGGAGCUGUGUGCUUGCAUGUGCCCAUCUAGCAAUUUUAAAUAUGGAGUUUAAGUCACUGGAAGGGACAUGGGCUGGAUGUGGCAAUGGUGGCUGAAAAGGU